GAGAGAGAGGUGGCGAUGCUCCUCUCCUUCCUCUCCCUUCUCCUCCUCCUCGCCUCGGCGGCGGCGGCGGUGGCGGAGGCGGAGGCGGAGGUGGAGGUGGAGGAGGAGAUGGUGGUCUUCGUGCUCGCGGGGCAGUCGAACAUGGCGGGGCGCGGCGGCGUCGUCGGCGACCGGUGGGACGGGGAUGUCCCGCCGGAGUGCCGGCCGAGCCCCUCGAUCCUGCGCCUCAGCGCCGCGCUCCGGUGGGAGGAGGCGCGGGAGCCGCUCCACGCCGACAUCGACCGCGCCCGCCCCUGCGGCGUCGGCCCCGGCCUCCCCUUCGCCUCCGCGCUCCGCCGCUCCGCCGCCGCCACCGCCGCCGCCGAGGGGCCCGGGGCGGAGGCGAUCGGGCUCGUGCCGUGCGCGGUGGGGGGGACGCGGAUCGACGAGUGGGCGCGGGGGGCGCCGCUCUACGCGGCGAUGGUGCGGCGCGCCAGGGCGGCGUUGGAGCGGGGAGAGGGGCGGAGGACGAGGAGGUUGGGGGCGGUGCUGUGGUAUCAGGGGGAGAGCGACACGGUGGAGCGAAGCGACGCCGAAUCGUACGGUGGGAAACUGGAGACGAUGAUCCUUGAUCUACGGUCGGAUCUGGGCUUGCCCGGGCUCCUCUUCAUCCAGGUUGCCAUUGCAUCAGGAGAAGGAAACUUCACAGAAAUUGUAAGGAAAGCUCAGAAAGGGCUCAAACUUCCUAAUGUUAUAUGUGUCGAUGCGAAGGGAUUGCCACUUGAAGGUGACCACCUCCACCUAACCACCCAAGCUCAAGUCCAGCUUGGUAAAAUGUUGGCUCAAUCCUAUCUAACUUAUGGUACCAAAGCAAUGUCCUUUUCGACGGGAAAUAGAACAAAGGCAAAAUUUCUGUGUGGGUUAUUAGUUGCUGCCAUUCUUUGUAUUCUAUGAUUCCUUGUCUUUGAACAAAAAUAGGAGCUUCACCACUUACGGUGUAGAUACUUCUUUGUUGCAACUAUAUUACAUGGAGUGAGGUCUCAAGAGGAUGUUUGGACUGAUAAUAGAACCAUGGAAGCAUACUGGUUUUGAUGGGUAAACUAAAGAAAAUGCUGUUACAAUCCUCACAUUGGUUUAAUACUCUUUUUUCUCCCCCUUUUAAACGUGAAUAAUUCGGAGUUGUGCAUGCGAAUAGCACUCUGUAGGUGUUCACAUGUCAUCAUGAGGUUUAGGUUUCAUUUACAGGUUUUUUUUUUUGAAAAAUUCAAAGAAAUUCACAAUGGUGACCUGUGUGUAGCAAUACUGCUGUACUUCAUUCACUAAAUAUAAUGAAAUCGUACUUGACAUUGCUUUAUAAUUA